AUGCCCCGGGUCUUCAACAUCUUAACAAAGGAUGCCCCUCCCAGUGGUUUUGCCAACAUUACCAAGGGCAAAGGAUCGGAAAGAGUGUAUGGGCUGGCUCAGUGCAGGGGCGACGUUGAUCAGGAAGACUGCAAGGCUUGCAUCCACAAUUCCACCGAAGCAGUCGUCGGCACAUACAGCCCCAGCGCAAUCGAUGCCAUCAUAUGGUAUGAAAAUUGCCAGCUCUGCUACUCCAACACCAACUUCUUUGCUCGCCUCAAUGUUGAGGAUUCUGGUUCUUGGUAUUGGACUGCUGACAAAGUGGAAGAACCUAAAGCCUUCAACCAGAACUUGGGGAGCCUGAUGAAGAAUCUGAUUUCCCAGGUGACAACAGAGCCUAAUUCAAAGUUCUUGUUUGCUACGGGCAACAUCCCGUCUACCAAUCAAAAGACGAUAUACGGGCUGGUGCAGUGUACCAGGGGCACUAGCCUCGCUGAUUGCAGUCAGUGUUUGAUCAGCACCAUCUCCCAAAUCCCAUCGACUUGCGACAAUGCACACGGCUGUGAAAUUGCCAUUGGAAGUUGCCGUGUGAGGUUUGAUACACAGAUCUUUUAUAACAGCACAACAACCCCAUCUCCUCCAGCACCUCCAUCAAAUUCAAGCCUAAGCCCAUCUCCUCUGUUGAAUUCAUCCCCUCCAUCAAAUCCAAGCCCUCCUUCAAGCGGUGCAUCCAACACUACGUCAGGCUAG